GCCCGGGGCCCCCACCUCUCUCCCUGAUACAUGAGGAAAGGGAUGAACAAAAGAUUCUAGAACUCAUUAACAAGAUGAUGGAGCUACUGACUGGAGAGGUUCCUAUAAGGUGUCAGGACGUGGCGGUCUAUUUCUCCAUGGAGGAGUGGGAGUAUGUAGAAGGACACAAGGAUCAGUACAAGGAUCAGGUCAUGAUGGAGGAUCAGCAGCCCCUCACAUCACCAGUCAGAUCCAGUAAGAGAACAGCACCAGAGAGGUGUCCCCGUCCUCUUCUUCCACAGGAUGAUCAGGGAGAAGAUCUGAACAAUAUUAAUGCUCCAGAGACAGAUGUGAGCGGUGAUGAGCAGUAUGAGGAGAACAUUCCUACAGAGAAAGAUCUGAUCUAUAUUAAAGCUACAGACAUAAAGGAAGAAGAAGAGACAGAUGUAAGCAGUAAUGAGCAGUAUAAGGAGGACAUUCCCACUGAGAAAGAUCUGAUCUAUAAUAAUGCUACAGACAUAAAGGAAGAAGAAGAAGAAGAGACAGAUGUGAGCGGUAAUGAGCAGUAUAAGGAGGACAUUCCUGCAGGGAAAGAUCUGAUCGAUGUUAAUCCUACAGACAUAAAGGAAGAAGAAGAGACAGAUGUGAGCAGUGAUGAGCAGUAUAAGGAGGAUAUUCCUACAAAGAAAGAUCUGAUCUAUAUUAAAGCUACAGACAUAAAGGAAGAAGAGGAGACAAAUGUGAGCUGUGAUGAGCAGUAUAAGGAGGACAUUCCUUCAGGUAAUCACCCAGAUUCUUGUAGCAGGAGAUCAGAGGAGAAUCUUAUAUCUUCAGAUUAUAAAGCAGAUGAUGAUAUCACACAAGAUACAUAUGAAGAACAUUCCAUUAUCCCAGAUACACCCUCAGCCCUUCACAGCCAAGAUCUCUCAUCUCAUCCUUAUAUACAGGUCCUGUCUUCUCAGUCAUCACAGGAUGUUAAGGAGAAAAGUUACAGAAGGGGUGUUGGACAUCAACGAGCUCAGAAAUCAUAUUUAUGCUCAGAAUGUGGGAAAUGUUAUUCUUCUAAAGUACGUCUUGUUCAGCAUCAAAGAACUCACACAGGAGAGAAGCCAUUUUCAUGCUCAAAAUGUGGCAAAUGUUUUACUUUUAAAUCAAGUCUUGUUCAACAUCAAAGAACUCACACAGAAGAGAAGCCAUUUCCAUGCUCAAAAUGUGGCAAAUGUUUUACUUUUAAAUCAAGUCUUGUUGUACAUCAAAGAACUCACACAGGAGAGAAGCCAUUUUCAUGCUCAGAAUGUGGAAAAUGUUUUACUCAGAAAUCAGACCUUGUGGUACAUCAAAGAACUCACACAGGAGAGAAGCCAUAUUCAUGUUCAGAAUGUGGGAAAUGUUUUACUGAUAAAUCAAGUCUUCUGAAACAUCAGAAAACUCACACAGGAGAGAAGCCAUUUCCAUGCUCAGAAUGUGGGAAAUGUUUUACUGAUAAAUCAAGUCUUCUGAAACAUCAGAAAACUCACACAGGAGAGAAGCCAUUUUUAUGCUCAGAAUGUGGGAAAUGUUUUACUCAUCAUUCAGGUCUUAUUAAGCAUAAAAGAACUCACACAGAGGAGAAGCCAUUUUCAUGUUCAGAAUGUGGGAAAUGUUUUACUCGUCAUUCAAGUCUUUAUAGGCAUAAAAUAACUCACACAGGAGAGAAGCCAUUUUCAUGCUCAGAAUGUGGGAAAUGUUUUACUGACAAAUCAAAUCUUGUUAUACAUCAAAGAACUCACACAGGGGAGAAGCCAUUUUCAUGUUCACAAUGUGGGAACUGCUUUACUAAGAAAUCACAUCUUGUUAGACAUCAAAUAAUUCACACAGGGGAGAAGCCAUUUUCAUGUGCAGAAUGUGGGAAAUGUUAUACUCAGCAAUCACAUCUUGUUAAACAUCAACAAGCUCAUACAGAAAAGAAACCAUAUUCAUGCUCAGAAUGUGGGAAAUGUUUUACUAAGAAAUCAGAUCUUGUUAAACAUCAAAUAACUCACACAGUGGAGAAGCCAUUUUCAUGUUCAGAAUGUGGGAAAUGUUUUCCUUUUAAAUCAGGUCUUGUUAUACAUCAAAGAACUCACACAGGAGAGAAGCCAUUUUCAUGUUCAGAAUGUGGAAAAUGUUUUAGUCAGAAAUCAGACCUUGUUCAUCAUCAAAGAACUCACACAGGAGAGAAGCCAUUUUCAUGUUCAGAAUGUGGGAAAUGUUUUCCUUUUAAAUCAGGUCUUGUUGUACAUCAAAUAACUCAACGGGAGAAGCCAUUCUCAUGUUCAGAAUGUGGAAAAUGUUUUAGUCUUCAAUCAAAUCUUGUUCAACAUCAAAGAACUCACACAGAGGAGAAGCCAUUUUUAUGUUCAGAAUGUGGGAAAUGUUUCUCUCACAAAUCAAGUCUUGUUAAACAUCAAAUAUCUCACACAGAGGAGAAGCCAUUUUCAUGUGCAGAGUGUGGGAAACAUUUUACCCAGAAAUCCUAUCUUGUUGAACAUCAAAGAACUCACACAGGGGAGAAGCCAUUUUCAUGUGCAGAAUGUGGGAAAUGUUUUGUUCAGAAAUCCGAUCUUGUUAAACAUCAAAGAACUCACACAGGGGAGAAGCCAUUUUCAUGUGCAGAAUGUGGGAAAUGUUUUACUCAGAAAUCAGACCUUGUUGUACAUCAAAGAACUCACACAGGAGAGAAGCCAUUUUCAUGUUCAGAAUGUGGGAAAUGUUUUACUCAGAAAUCAGAUCUUGUUCAUCAUCAAAGAACUCACACAGGAGAGAAGCCAUUUUUAUGUUCAGAAUGUGGGAAAUGUUUCUCUCACAAAUCAAGUCUUGUUAAACAUCAAAGAUCUCACACAGAGGAGAAGCCAUUUUCAUGUGCAGAGUGUAGGAAACUUUUUACCCAGAAAUCCUAUCUUGUUGAACAUCAAAGAACUCACACAGGGGAGAAGCCAUUUUCAUGUGCAGAAUGUGGGAAAUGUUUUGCUCAGAAAUCAGAUCUUGUUAAACAUCAAAGAACUCACACAGGGGAGAAGCCAUUUUCAUGUGCAGAAUGUGGGAAAUGUUUUACUCAGAAAUCAGACCUUGUUGUACAUCAAAGAACUCACACAGGAGAGAAGCCAUUUUCAUGUCCAGAAUGUGGGAAAUGUUUUUGUUUUAAAUCAGGUCUUGUUGUACAUCAAAGAACUCACACAGGAGAGAAACCCUUUCCAUGUUCAGAAUGUGGAAAAUGUUUUAUUCAGAAAUCAGACCUUGUUGUACAUCAAAGAACUCACACAGGAGAGAAGCCAUUUUCAUGUGCAGAAUGUGAAAAAUGUUUUGCUGAUAAAUCACAUCUUGUCAGACAUCAAAGGAUUCACACAGGAAAGAAGCCAAUUUAGAGUAAUAUAUAUUAACAAUGUGCACAGGAUAGUUGACAGAUAUAUAUAUAAGUUUUUUCCCUUGUUUUUUAUUUCAACAACAAUUAAACAAUUAUACAUUCCAUAUAAAAUCACAUUUCCAUUUUUCUUUGUCAAUUAUCACAAUUUCUUAAAAUUUUUCCUAUAUACCCCUCCCCCUAUACAUCUCUCCAAUCUGGUUCCAGUGCCCUGUCUGACCCUCGCCAUCUAAAUAUAUCUUUUGC